UGGCUUGCUCGCUCACUCUCUGAUGAGUGAGGGCAGUGUUGUCAGCCUCUCUGCUGCGCUUCCCGCGUGCGGACCCACACUAACGGAGUUAAGGAACAGUUUGAAAUACGGCAAAGAAGAGGAAACAUGCAAGACUGCCAACAAAAGGAAUAUUUAACAGAGCAGGUCAAAGGCUGAACCCAGUGCUGUGGAUCUCCAUGAGUAACCAGACUGAGCUCCCUACUGCCCCUUCAUGCCUCUGUCAGUUCCUUGACGCCCACCUUUCACCCUCUAUCUCCCCACCUGACCGUUACACCUCCUCAAUCUUCUUCCCUUAAAUGAUGUGGUUCGCGAUCCGUGCUCUGCUCCUGGUGAUGCUGGGUGCCGAGAUCUUGCUUUCCAGCGGAGACUCUCCCCGCAGAGAAAUUAAGAUCGAUGGGGACCUGGUUCUGGGAGGCCUCUUCCCCAUCCAUGAGAAGGGCAUCGGCAUGGAUGAAUGUGGCCGGAUCAACGAAGACCGUGGCAUCCAGCGGCUUGAGGCAAUGCUCUUCGCCAUAGAUCAGAUCAACCAGGAUGUAGGUCUGCUACCGGGCGUGGCUUUGGGCGUCCACAUCUUGGACACAUGCUCGAGGGACACCUAUGCUCUGGAACAGGCUCUGGAGUUCGUCAGGGCCUCGCUUACAAAAGUGGAUGAUACAGAGUUCAUCUGUCCCGAUGGUUCCUACGCACUUCAGGAAGACAGUCCACUGGCCAUAACUGGUGUCAUUGGGGGAUCUUUUAGCAGCGUCUCCAUACAGGUGGCCAACCUGCUGCGGCUAUUUCAGAUCCCUCAGAUCAGCUACGCCAGUACCAGUGCCAAACUCAGCGACAAAACCCGCUACGACUACUUCGCACGCACCGUCCCUCCAGACUCCUACCAGGCCAAGGCCAUGGCGGAGAUCCUGCGUGCCUUCAACUGGACCUACGUUUCCACUGUUGCCUCCGAAGGUGACUACGGAGAGACAGGAAUCGAAGCCUUUGAACAGCAAGCCCGUUUGAGAAACAUCUGCAUCGCUACUUCGGAAAAAGUGGGGCGAUCAAGUGCGAAACGGUCUUCGUACGAGGCGGUGGUCCGUCAGCUUCUACAGAAGCCCACAGCCCGUGUAGCCGUGCUUUUUUUGCGUAGCGACGAUGCUCGAGAACUCAUCGCGGCCGCCGCACGCCUCAAUGCAUCGUUCCUCUGGGUAGCAAGUGACGGCUGGGGGGCGCAAGAGAGCAUCGUCAAAGGGAACGAAUUCUCGGCAGACGGGGCGAUCACGCUGGAGCUAGCAGCUAAUCCUUUACCAGAGUUCAACCGCUACUUCCAGAGCCUCACGCCCUUUAAUAAUCAUCGCAACCCAUGGUUCAAAGACUUCUGGGAGCAAAAGUUUCAGUGUUCAUUGGGCGGGCCUUCGGCAGCAGGGGCGGGAACCCCAAAGCCACCUUGUGACCCAGAAUUGGCUGUGGACAGCUCAAAUUUUGAGCCAGAAUCAAAGAUUAUGUUUGUCGUAAAUGCCGUGUAUGCCAUGGCGCACGCCUUGCACCGAAUGCAACGCACUCUUUGUGCCAACACCACACGCUUGUGCGAUGCCAUGCGCAGUAUUGAUGGCAGGAAACUCUACCGGGACUUUCUGCUUCACGUCAACUUUAGAGCUCCAUUCUCCUCUGUCGGCUCGGAGAAUCAAGUAAAAUUUGACGCACAUGGUGACGGAAUGGGCCGCUACAACAUCUUCAACUACCAGAGAGUGCCAGGCAGUGACAAGUUCACUUAUGUCCAGGUCGGAGAGUGGGCGGAGAUUCUUUCUCUAAACGAGGGCUUGAUCGGCUGGCCAAGGGGAGCAGACGUGCCCACGUCUCAGUGCAGCGAUCCUUGCGCUCCUAAUGAGAUGAAGAAGAUGCAAGCGGGUGAAUACUGCUGCUGGAUUUGCACUCCCUGCGAGCCCUAUGAAUACCUGCCAGAUGAGUUCACAUGCAUGCCCUGCGCAUCUGGCCAGUGGCCCCGUCCUGACCUGACCGGAUGCUACGACCUUCCUGAGGACUACAUCAUGUGGGAGGAUGCUUGGGCCAUCGGGCCCAUCUCAAUUGCAUGCGUUGGCUUCAUCUGUACCUUAAUGGUCUUCAUCGUUUUCAUUCGACACAACGACACGCCGCUGGUCAAAGCAUCCGGUCGCGAGCUGUGCUACAUCCUGCUGCUUGGUGUCUUCAUGUCGUACGUCAUGACUUUCAUAUUCAUCGCAAAACCGUCACCUAUCGUGUGCACGCUGAGGCGGUUAGGCCUUGGUACCUCGUUUGCAGUGUGCUACUCUGCCUUGCUCACGAAGACCAAUCGCAUCGCUCGCAUCUUCAGCGGCGUGAAGGAGGGAGGGGCUCAGCGACCACGCUUCAUCAGUCCCAGCUCACAGGUGUUCAUCUGUCUGUCAUUGAUCUCAGUGCAGCUCUUGUUAGUUUCCAUCUGGCUACUGCUGGAAGUUCCCGGUACGCGGAGAUUCACCACACCGGAGAAACGUCAGACUGUCAUUUUGAAGUGUAACGUAAGGGACUCUAGCAUGCUGCUCUCGCUAAGCUACAACGUGGUUCUGGUGGUCCUCUGCACAGUCUAUGCCUUCAAGACCCGCAAAUGUCCAGAGAACUUCAAUGAGGCCAAGUUCAUCGGAUUCACCAUGUACACCACCUGCAUCAUCUGGCUGGCCUUCCUGCCCAUCUUCUACGUCACCUCCAGUGACUACAGGGUCCAAACAACAACCAUGUGUAUAUCUGUCAGUCUGAGCGGAUUUGUGGUGCUGGGCUGCAUGUUUGCCCCCAAAGUCCACAUCAUCAUGUUCCAGCCUCAGAAGAACGUCACCAGUCAUCGGUUAAACAUGAACCGGUUCAGUGUAAGCGGGCCAGCUACUAGCUACGCAUCCCAUGCAUCUGUGAGCGCCCAGUACGUUCCGACGGUGUGCAACGGAAGAGAGAUUGUUGACUCCACCACUUCCUCUCUGUGACCCCGCCCCCUCCUCCAGACUCCUGCUCCUUAGCGACUGUUAGCCAAUCAGCACACAUUGUGCUCUGCCCAAGAACUAGGUCUGCCUACAGUGUGUAGAAAGUGUGUAUGAUUAUGAUUAUUAUUAAAUUAUUUUUAGGGCUCGUUGUAAAUAUUAACUGACAUUGUUGUAGAGAAACAAAAGAACAAAAAAAAAAAAUCCUUUAUAGAGAGAUUUUGGAAACUUUUGUUUUGAUAGCUUUAUUAUGUAUGUUGUAAACGGCCAUGAUGUGAUGAUGUAAAACUCAAACAAGUUUUUGAUUGGACCACAGUAGAGACUGACAGACAUGGCUCCGCCUGCAAUACUGGACACAAUUUGUGGUCGUUUUCUUUUGUAGGCCUCAUUGUAAUAAUCUAAACUGUAUGUAUUUCUAUGUUGUACAUUCUGUACAGAAUCUUAACCGAUGGUUUUAACAGCACACGUCGACAGUAUUAGAGUCUACGCUGGUCAUGAGGUCCAGAGCAGGAAAACCAUCGAGUGAGCGCUCGCACCUCAAACUUCACGUCGUCUCAUUACAGGCAGUGGCUUGAUGCCAGAGGUUACAACACCAUUUUAGUAAACUGUCAUGACAUCUGAAAACAUAUUACAUUAACUGCAUCUCAUAAGCAUUAUGUUGAGAUGGCAGUGAUGCGUGUUUAUGUUCCAGCACGGAUACGCAGUGUUUCGAGAUGUUAUAUAAGUUUACAUUGCCUGUGACGAGUAGCCUUCAGGGACGGAAAGUCUGGAAGAUGAGCAUGUGAGGUACUGUGAAUCUUACAAUGUUGACACACACCUCUUUUCCACCAUCAUGGUGCUGUUGCCAAUUUGCCGAAGAAAAAAAAAAAACAGGUCAACAUCUGCCCCUUAAACAGUGACAAACCAGGAAACCUGUCAGAGGGCAAAAAAUAGGCUAAUGUCCUCUCCAAAAAUAGUUUUGAAAACCACAAAAACUUAAACUGCCAAUAUUUAUAUAGAUUUUUUUUAAAAAUAUAUACAUAUUUGCAAUAUGCAUUUAUAUAUGUCUCUUAUGCUCACCAUGGCUGCAUUUAUUUGAUCAAAUAUAUAUAAAAACAGCAAUACUGUAAAAU